GCCUUCACGCAGAGAAGAGUUCCGCUGUAUGAUAAAGAGAAAAGACGGUUUAAAAUUGUGAUUUCUUCAAUUUCAUAUUGUGUAGAUUUCGCGAUGUAGUUCCAACUAGGACUUCUGCUUUCACAAGUUGUACAGACUUCAUCAUAUGUUGGAGAAAUCACCAGCACUUCUUGGAUAACGGCCAUUAAAGGUUAUUAAUGAUACCAGACGAGCAGGCCAUGGCUUUUCGUAAUCCCCUGGAAAACUCAAACAUGUCCUCCGGAAUAGGACAAAGAUUUAUGACUGACCAGUUAUCAUGGAAUACCCAGUACGGCUUAGGCCGCAAGGGGACGGGAGAGCUUUCCCCAGGGUCCAGGAAAAUCCUCGGACAACAAAUGCCCCCGGGACAAGCCAAACAGAACAUUCUGAAUCUGAACUUGGAUGACGACGGUGAACUAGAUCUUGGACAGGGUGCCUUGUCCAACUCUGGCAAAGUUUUCCGCCCAGAUAGAGAUAUGAUGUCACAGUCUCCAUCCCAACUGUCAGGGUUUGGGGCAUCUAACUUUUACACACAAGGUUUUAUGUCAGGAGGUAAUACAGGAUUAGGGACCAAUGCCAGCUUGGCCGGAAACUUCGCUGCCCUACCCCAGAGAGGGGCUGUGUCAGGGCCCCAGUUCAGGGGCAAUAACUCCACCCCCACCAGUAUGAACCUCCCCUAUAACCUACAGACACCUCAGCAGCAACCCUCACCCAGCAGAAACAUGAUAUCUGCGAUAGGCGGGCAGAGAAAUGUCAUAUCCCAGAAUCAGACAAGUCAGUCCAUGUCCAAGUUACCGAACAGUGGUCCUAUGUCCAGUAUUAACAACAACUUUGUGUUUGGACAGAGUAGGCCGGGCAAGUACUCCACGGUCUACAACAACAACCCCGAUCAAAAGUUCUAUAAUAUGUUAUUUGGUCAAGAUGCUGACCAGCCCGGUCUAGACUUGUCCGAGUUCCCCUCCCUGGGGAACAGAAAUCUGCCCUCUACCCCCAUCUCCUCUGUGAGGAACUAUGGUCAGUAUAACUUAGUUGGGAUGGUGAGUAAACCUGUGGCAGAGACCGCCCCCGAGUUUCAGAUUCAGCAGGAGGACUUCCCGGCUCUCCCUGGGGCUCAGAAUCCACCCUCAAGUAUAUCAAAUGACGCAGCGAGAAAAACACCAACAAGUGCUUCUUCAUCAACAACAAAUGAACAAAUUUUGAAAGAUGGAAAGUUUCCUGGAGAGAAAGGGAAUCAGGCCAAGAGGGGGAUACAGACGCACGCUGAUGGCAUGGUAUCCAAUAUUCCGUCGGGAAUGGUGACGGACCAGUUUGGAAUAGCUGGCCUGUUGACCUUCAUUAGAGCAGCCAAUGAAAACGACCAUAAUCUCAUCGCAUUAGCCCCAGGGAUAGAUCUCACGACGCUAGGCUUAAAUCUCAACUCUCCUGAAAAUCUGUACAGUACCUUUCAAUCACCGUGGGUUGAUUUACCAUGUCGACCUCAAGAUAUAGAUUACCAUGUCCCAACAGAGUACCUUACUAAUAUAUUCCUCAGAGACAAGCUGGCGCCAAUCAAACUGAAUCGCUAUGGAGAGGAUGUGCUCUUCUUUCUGUUUUACAUGAAUGGCAAUGACUUCAUUCAGCUAGCAGCCGCUGCGGAACUGUACACGAGAGACUGGCGGUACCAUAAGGAAGAGCGGGUGUGGAUCACGCGGGCCCCGGGGGUGGAGCCCACCCACAAAUCAGCCAUGUACGAGCGGGGCAUGUAUUACUUCUUUGAUGUACAGAACUGGAGGAGGGUGCCAAAGGAAUUCCAUCUGGAGUACGAUAAGUUAGAGGAGCGGCCAACCUUACCCAACACAAUGCACCAUAAUGCCAGCCAGCAGUAGGUCAUGUGACAGGAAGUCAACCUUAUCAUGUGACAGGAAGUGAACUUUGACCCAUGUGGACAACAGAACAGUAGAGUGAUAUGGAAACCAGACUUUGUUUCAUAGGGGAGGGAGAUUUAAAUUUUUUACAGAUUGAAAAUAUUUGCAGCUUUAUUGUUUAAUUUUUUAUUUUUGAUUCAGACGAACAAAUCAAAUUCCUUUGAGCCCUUUUUUAAGGGCUUCACACAAGUUGAAUUGUUUUCUUGUUAUCAUUUGGUGUCUAAGAACUGGUUUAACUGGAACAUAAUUAUUCAAUAUACACAUGUAAUAUGAUUAUAGGGUUACAAAUGGGGUAGGGUUUGUUUUUGUGCUUUACAGUAUGAGCUGACUGUUGUGUCCAUGGCUCGGUAUUCUGCCACUGGUUAAGUGCAAUCUGCAUCAUUGUAAAUAAAACAUUGUCAUUGUUAAGUA